CAGUCUUUCAGAAUUUAUGCCUCAAGUGAAGGUGGACCAGGUGGAAACAGUGGAAGGAUGCUCACAUGAGGUUGCUCUGCCUGCUGAUGAAGAAUAUAAACCUCUCAAACCAAGAGUGGGAAAAGCAGCUAAGGAGUACCCUUUCAUACUGGAUCCCUUCCAGCGUGAGGCUAUCCUGUGUAUCGACAACAACCAGUCUGUUCUUGUGUCUGCACACACCUCAGCAGGGAAAACAGUUUGUGCAGAGUAUGCCAUCGCUCUGGCUCUUAGAGAGAAGCAGAGGGUCAUCUUCACCAGCCCCAUCAAAGCCCUCUCUAACCAGAAAUACAGAGAGAUGUAUGAAGAGUUCCAGGACGUGGGAUUGAUGACUGGUGAUGUUACCAUCAACCCUACCGCCUCCUGUCUUGUCAUGACAACAGAGAUUCUAAGGAGCAUGCUGUAUCGAGGAUCGGAGAUCAUGAGGGAGGUGGCAUGGGUCAUCUUUGAUGAGAUCCAUUACAUGAGAGAUGCAGGUGUGUCCAGAAAACAAGUGUCAUUGAAAUUCAGGCUG